AUGCAGGUCCCCCUCCUCAGACUCCAGUGCGGGGUCAAUUCCUAUGACUGGGGCAAGAAGGGCAACGACUCAUCCGCAGCCAAGUUUGCCGCUGCCACGCCAGCUGCUGACUUCACAAUCAAAGAUGACCAGCCCUACGCCGAGCUCUGGAUGGGCACCCAUCCUUCCAACCCCUCUAAGGACCUGCGCACCGGUCGCACCCUCCUCGACCUCGUCGAAGACAACCAGGCUCUCCUCUCCCAAACCGUCAUCGCUCGAUAUGGCAACAAGCUGCCAUUCCUCUUCAAGAUCCUCUCCAUCGCCAAAGCCCUGUCCAUACAGGCUCACCCGAACAAGAAGCUUGCCGAGCAGCUCCAUGCCAGGGACCCCAAGAACUAUCCCGAUGACAACCACAAGCCCGAGAUGGCCAUUGCCCUCACCGAUUUCGAGGGACUUUGCGGCUUCAGGCCUCCAUCCGAGAUAGUACACUUCCUAGAGACUGUCAAAGCCCUGCGUGACUUCGUUGGCGCAGAGACGGCAGACGCUUUCAUAAGCACCAUCAAGUCUCACGAGGGCGACGAAUCCGAGGACGCCAAGCGAGACAACAAGGCUGCCCUGCAGAAGCUCUUUGGCACCCUUAUGUCCAAAUCACAAUCCACUCUUGAGACAGCAACAACUGCUCUUUUGGAUGAGGCCACCGCAGAGACAGAAAACUUCGCCGGUGGCGGUGCCGGACCCAACUCUGGCAAGGACCUUGCCGAGCUCAUCAAGAGACUGCAUGGCCAGUUCGGCGCCGAUUACGGCCUGUUCGUGCAGUUUCUCUGCAACCUAGUGACCAUGGCGCCAGGCGAGGCUCUUUUCCUGCGGGCCGACGACAUUCACGCUUACAUAUCGGGCGAUAUUGUCGAGUGCAUGGCAGCCAGCGACAAUGUCAUCAGGGCCGGCUUCACCCCCAAGUUCAAGGAUGUCGACACACUUGUGUCAAUAUUGACGUACAACUAUGCUCCGAUCGAGGAGCAAAAGAUGGUACCGAAAGAGUAUGCAUACGCCACUCUGAAUCGCACAGCAUACAGCUCCAGCAGCGAGGUUAUGCUGUACGACCCCCCUAUCGAGGAGUUCAGUGUGGUGCGGUCCACUCUGAAACGUGAGGGCGCCAAGGCGACGUUCGACCCGCUGGACGGGCCCAGCAUCAUCAUCUGCACCGGUGGAAAGGGCAAGAUUUCCGUGGGGCCAACCGUGGAAGAAAUCAAACAAGGAUACGUCUUCUUCGUAGGCUCGACGGCCGAGGUGGUCCUGGAGUCAACUACCGAGGGCGAGGAAGAAUUUGUGACUUUCAAGGCAUUCUGUGAGGUCGAGGACCACAGCAAUGGUGCCUAG